ACUUAAAUGCUGUCGCACAUAUCCGUGCACGAACUGCAAGAAGAGAGGUGAAGCCCUCUCCUGCACCUUUGUCGGUCGGGGUCCUCGUGGGAGGACUUCGCAUGGCCGGACGAGUCCAACCCUUGUCCAGGACCGUCUGCAGCAUCUCGAGAAUCUGAUUCUAUCAUUGACGCAGAAAAAGAGCCUGGCAGAAAGUCAUGUUAUUCAUAGGCCAGAAGGACAUGAUGGGCCAGCGACGAGCCGGAGAACUGACGCCGGAGUAAUCCCAAGGACGUCUUCUACUAGCACGGGCUUCGAGCCUAAGGAGUCCCCUCUAGACCCGUCUAGUAAGCUGGUGGUGGAAAAUACUGGAACGAGUUACAUUGACGGUGCUCACUGGACUGCCAUACUCGAGGAAGUCAGUGGACUCCAAUGUCUCCAUUGUUUAUCCCCCCCCCUUAGUUACUUGACUUGUUCUAACGAGACAUUCGCAGAUUAACGGCGUUCGGGAGUACUUGCAAGAAGGCAAUGAUAUUUCAGAUGACGAAGCACUUGACGACGGUCACCUCAAUAUGCCUUCACCAACUCUUCUAUUAGGAUUGAACAAAGCAGUGAGCAAAGAAGACUUAUUAGCCGACGUUCCGCCACGGCCGGUAACAGAUCGACUCAUAGCACAAUUCAUCAAUAGCAAAGAACCCGUGUUAAGUAUGUACUUGGAUCUCUCUGGCGUGUCUCCUGCAUAGUUACUAACAUGACUAACAAAUCCAUAGCCACAAUUCAUAUUCCCACUUUUCAAAAGGAGUAUAAUCUGUUCUGGUCAAUACCACAGGCUACGUCUCUCUCGUGGCUAGCAUAUUUGUAUGCUAUUCUUACACUGUCAAUAACUAUUCAACAACGUCUGGGGGAGCCCUUAUCGGUCUACCUAGGGGACUCCGGGGACAUCAUUAGUACCUUCAGGAAGCGCGCCGCACAGUGCCUUGUCCAGUCAAAUUACACGCAGCCUGGCAAGUUUAAGGUCGAGGCGCUUUUCUAUUAUACAUUAGGAGAGUUUCAUCGAAGCAAUGAUGCUCAAGUCAGCGUAUCCUUCCUCCUUGGGAUCACUAUUAGGUUAGCGAUGCGGACAGGGUACCAUCGUGAUCCGGGGCAUUUUCCCAGCAUUUCUGUUUAUGAAGGCGAAAUGAGGAGACGUGUGUGGGCGACUAUGCGCCAACUAGACACCUUGAUCUCGUUUCAAGUUGGUCUGCCACGGACGAUACAGGACUGGCAAGAUGAUGUGGAACUGCCACGCAAUAUAUGCGAUGAAGACUUUAACGAAGGAACUACGCAUCUGCCACCAUCGCGACCCGAGUCUGAACUCACUACUGCGUCCUAUAUUCGGGCGAAAUCGAGAAUCAUGGGUGUGUUUGGCAAAGUCUCAGAUCUUGCAUAUUCGCGGGAAGCCGUGACCUACGACGAAAUUCUUGAAAUUGACCGUCGAUUGGAGGAAGCGUAUGGCCUUGUUCCUUUUAACUUUCGAAUACGGCCAGUAGAUCAAUCAUUCGCAGACCCAUCGGAUCUGAUUCUCCGGCGAUACACAUUGGAGAUAUUGUAUCAAAAAGCUCGCUGUGUGCUCCACCGACGUUAUUUAGGUGAAGUCCAUAGUAAUCUCCGGUAUGCAUAUUCGAGAUGGGUGUGCAUGAGUGCAUCCAAAGAGAUACUCCGUCACCAAGCAGACUUACACCAUGAAACUCAACCAGGAGGGAUCUUAUAUCGCGACAGGCAGUUCCCAAAUUCACUUCAGUAUGCUGAUUAUCUGCUUGCUGCGAUGAUCAUUUGUCUAGAGUUGUCCUAUGAUCCUCCGGGGGAGCCGAUCAUGAACAGCGAUGUAACGGUCGUUAUCAAAGGACGCGAAGACCUUCUAACUAGUUUAGAAAUAUCCCAUCAAAUUUUCGAGCAAAUUCGCCGACGAUCGAUGGAUGCACAGAAGGCAUAUGCUGCGUUGACAAUUAUGCUUCGCAGGGUUAAGAAAGGGGGUAUGAGUACAGCAGAACCGAUUAAAGGACUGGCAGCUGGCAACUCAGAUGACCGACUGGUUGAUACGCACACCGCUCUGCCUCCAUCGUAUGAAAACUUGAGCGCGGUGAACGCACCAUACUCCGUUGCUACGUCAAGCGAGAGACUUGGGCUGGAUGUAGUAGAACCUUCUUUCACAUCUCUGGAUGUGAUCGAAGGGAUGCUUGAUGCUCCUUCUAAUCUCGACUGGCAUUUGUGGGACGAACAAGUUCAGCGUCCCACACAGCCUUCAAGGAACAACAACCUUUGGUAUCCUGAUCCUGCGUUUAGUGGUAUCGUAGAUAGUAACUCGCAGUAGUGACAUGGGAUACUCAACGGAACAGGCGAUCGUAUUGAUUUCUGCUCGAAAAGGACAUCACUCAAUUAAAAGGCAGUAUCUCAUGCUAUCAUCAUACAUAGUUCGCUACUCCUUAUAUAGUUCUGUUUGAAGACCCUCGGCACGUCCCGAGCCCGCGUGGAUAAACUCCCCGAGCCGGAACAGGAGGGAAAAAAAAAAAAAAA